AUCUUCACAUUUUCCAUUUUCUCUUUAUCUCACAAAGCAACGCCGAUGAACAGAAGACGGAAACUCGAAGAUGCUGAAACCGGCUGCCGGAAAAAGUCCAAUUUUUCGCCGGAGAUCGACGGAGGCUGUGAAUACUUUGAUGCUUUGCCGGACGACCUUGUUCUCUCUAUUCUAUGCAAACUCAGUUCCACCGCUCUUUGCCCUGCCGAUUUCUUCAAUGUUCUCAUCACAUGCAAAAGACUGAAUCGUUUAGGGCUGAACGAUCAAGUUCUAUCGAAAGCAUGCCGGAGAAUGUUGGCGGUGAAAGCAAAAAACUGGUCGGAAUCUGCUCAUCGUUUUCUCAAACUCUGCGCCGACGCCGGCAAUGUUGAAGCCUGCUUCACUCUCGGCAUGAUUCGGUUCUACUGCCUGCAAAAUAGAGGCAGCGGAGCGUCGUUCAUGGCGAAGGCCGCGAUUGGAUCUCACGCGCCGGCGCUCUACUCACUCGCCGUCAUUCAGUUCAACGGCAGCGGCGGCUCGAAGAACGACAAGGAUCUGCGCGCCGGUGUCGCGUUGUGCGCACGCGCCGCUUUUCUCGGCCACAUCGACGCGCUCCGGGAGCUCGGCCACUGCCUGCAAGACGGCUACGGCGUGAAGCGAAACGUCGCCGAGGGGCGGCGGUUCCUAAUCCAAGCCAACGCGCGUGAGUUGGCCUCUGUACUGGUCACGUGCCCCUCGGCGGAGGUGCCUCGGUCAUGGCUGGCGUGGAACACCCACCGCCACGGCGGCGACGGCGACGGUGGUUGCCUAUUGCUGAGUGAUUUCGGGUGUAAUGUGCUGACUCCGGCGCCUCACCCGGCGAACCAGUUCCUAUCCGACUGGUUCUCGGAUCGGAGCGGGAAAGUCCCCGGGCCGGGGCUCCGGCUGUGUUCUCAUCCCGGCUGCGGUAGACCGGAGAGCCGGCGGCAUGAGUUCCGGCGGUGUUCGGUUUGCGGAGAAGUGAAUUACUGUUCACGCGCUUGUCAGGCGCUUGAUUGGAAGAUGCGCCAUAAGAUGGAAUGCGCACCCGUGGGGAGAUGGGCCGAGGAGGACGGUCAAUUUGACGGCAACGGUUUCUUUAACGGCAACAAUAACGUUGAUGACGUUAACGGCAACGGUAAUGAGGAUGAUGUGAUGGAGGAGAGUUAACGGUGGGAAUUGAGAGUAAGAGAGAGUGUGUGUGUGUGUGUGGACUGUGAAUGUGACGGUAACGGCACGGGAGUCUUUUGGGGUUUUGAGGAUGAAAAAAAGGGGUUUGUGGGGGGAAAAUAAAGAAAAUGGAAAGAUUUGUGGCCAAAUUUUGUGGGUGGAAAAGUGAAUUAUAUCUUUUAUUGUCAUGGUCAGUUUGUUGUAUAGGGAAUUGUAGUUUAUUCGGCUCUAAUUUCGAAAAGAAAACAAGGGGAUUGAGAUUUAAUUUAUUCUCUCCAAUUCUUGCAA